ACCAUCACAUUGAAGACAAGUUGUAGGACCUGCGAUGCUAUUACCUUUAAAAGCACGGCUAAGUCCACAUAGAAUCGCAUGCGAAGAAAGACGACUAUGAGCGCGCCAUUUCAUCUAGUUCCCGUUAUCCUAUGGUCUACCGUCCCCUUCUUGCCAAACACCCUGUCAGGGGUAGUAGAACAACUCCUUAGGGUUCGCAUCCGCCAUGGCGUCCACCUCCCCGGUCGCUCCGGCGACUCCUCGCCGUCCUCGCCCCUCCUCCCCGACCUCCCUCGCGACGGCUAACGGCGUCGGGUGGCUGCCGAGCCUCCGCAGCGCAGCGCGGUUCCUACAACGCAUGGGCAGCCGCCGCCUGAUGCGUGAGCCGUCGAUGGCAGUGCGGGAGACGGCGGCGGAGCACCUCGAGGAGCGCCAGGCUGACUGGGCCUACUCCAAGCCUGUCGUCGUGCUUGACGUGCUCUGGAAUCUCGCUUUCGUCGCUGUGGCAGCAGCCGUUCUCGCCGCCUCCCUCACGGAGCGCCCCGCCGGCCCACUCUGCUUCUUGCUUGCCGGUUACGUGCUGUAGUGUCUCCUUCACUUUCUCUGCGUCGUCGUCGAGUACAGGCGCCGUUGCCGCGCGGGUGGGGCUGGAGUGCAGCAGGAUGAUGCGGGAGAUGGGGAUUUCAAGCUCAGGUUCGUGUUUUGCUCUGUUCCUUCCAAAUACUAAGUGAAUUUGAUUACAUAAAUUAAUUUAUUGUUACAGUAAUAAUAUUGCCACAUCAACUAUCACCAGCUUUAUUCCCUAUUUUUUUAUCUUCAGCUUUAGAUUGUUCUGUCUGCUCUCAGUUCUUUAUGUGGCCUAGUUGGCACAUUCUAUGUAAUAUUCUUGGAAAUUAUACUUAUUUUGAUUUCUUUUAA